GGGACCAGGUAAAUUGGAAAACAUACUUGUUCAGGUGACGAAAAAUGGUAUCCAUCAACAAUUUGAUGACCUUAAGUCGAUCAACAUGGACAAUUAAAUGGAAGAAAUGCGAAUGGGAGCCUUCUUGUAAAUGCAAUAAGUCUGGUACUUAUGGCUCUCAUCGUGCCACCAAUAUCGCGAAGAUCUGCAGUUACUGUAGGGAGACAGUUUACAACGGAGAGUCCUCUCAUAAUUCUAAUUCAGUCAGAUCCUGAUUCGUCGAUUUCUCUAAAAAAAGGAGCUCAGCAUGUCAUUGACCAUUUAUCGAACCUAUGGAAAACUAAGACUCUGUCGAAUGUCACUUUCAAGUGCAAGACAAAAUCCAUCGAAGCUCACACUUUGAUCCUUGCUUCUGGCAGCCCGGUACUGGCUGCCAUGUUUCAACAUGAUUUUACGGAAAACCAGAAAAAAGUCGUACUAAUCAAAGACAUCGAGGCAAAUGUUUUUGAAGAGUUGCUUUGUUUCAUCUAUACCGGAAAUUUUAGUGUCACCAAUGUGGAUGUAGCUAAACUUCUGGUUGCAGCCGACAAGUAUGCUGUGGAAACAUUAAAAGAAGAGUGUGCAAUGUAUUUGGCCAAUAGUUUGACUGUAGAAAACGCCUUGCCAUAUCUAGUGAAGUCUCAUCUCCAUAAUUCACCAUUGCUUUACCAAAGUGCACUGGGUUUCAUUACGAAGAAGGAAAAUGCAAAAGCCAUCUGCCUGCGCAAGGAUUGGAUGGAAAUAAUAAAACACUAUCCAGAACUUUGCUUCCAGGUAACACAACUUAUGAUCGGUGAUUAACCUACUUCAUAUAAUGGACGUUAAACUGAAAAAAAAAGAACAAAUUGCUGAAUUCACACGCUCGACUCUGUUCAAACGGCCUUUGAAGUUGAUUUUUUGCUGCGCCAUUUUCUGUCCUAAACAUUUCCACGUAGCCUAAGCAUAGUAUUUUAUGAAUUUAAGGUAUUUUUCCUUAAAUGAAAGUCUUUGUAUCAUGUCGUCAAAACCGACACCCUGAAAACUGCUAGCCUAGUGUGGUAACCUGAUAACGUGAGAUACCAUGCGUCAUCUGUUCUGUUGUUUAUCCAGCAAAUAGGUAUGUCGAAAGAUAUGGACAAUAGAAAAUAAACAAAAAUAAAAAAAAAAAAAAAA